AUGGCAAAAACCAUGGCAACGACAAACCCUGUCAAAGAUAAAUAUAGUACCCAUACAGUGGCAAAUGUUCAAGCAGCCAUAGACAUUCAGAGAUACAGUCACAUACGUAAACUACUUAGAGUUACGGCAUACGUACGCAGAUUUAUCUGCAACUGUAGAUCCGACAUCCAGUCAAGACAUACUGGUUCACUGACAACACAAGAGUUAUCUGCAGUUGAGAUUUCAUGGAUACUACACUGUCAACAGUAUUCAUACAGUGAAGAAAUCCAGAACUUACGUUACAAGAAAUCAAGACUACCGAUUGCACGGCAACUUAGACUUUACUUGGAUCAAUCCGGUAUUAUUAGAUGUAGAGGUCGCAUAUACCACGCCCCACUAGACGAGAACACGAAAUGUCCUAUACCUUUACCGGCAAAGCAUCCACUCACAAGGUUGAUGUUACUAGAUGCUCAUGAAACUCAACUUCAUUCCGGCAUGCACGCUACUAUAUGCCAGUUACGUCAGAGGUUUUGGAUCCCCAAAAUACACCAGGCUGUGAAGUCACUACUCAGAACAACAUGUGUUACCUGCCGUAAAGUCAGCUCCAAGCCUUACCUUACACCGUAUCCAUCACCGUUACCGAAGUGUCGAGUCGACGAUUUACCACCAUUUUCAGUCACCGGGGUCGACUACAGCUGA